AUGUCUGGUAGAAAGUCCGACUCAUGCCAAGGCCAUCGAAGCUCGAAGCCACCUACACAUCAGGAUGUCGCAAGCCAGAUGAGCAAUCUAAGCUUGGGCGCGGCACCCCAACAGCAACAGUACCAGUGCGCACAGGCUCAGCAGUACCAGUACGCAAACCCUCAAGACUUUGGCCGUCAUGCACAGCCCGGGCCGAAAACUACCGGGAGCUACUAUGCCCCGCAAGCCGAACCUGUCCCUGCCCACGACUCGAGCCAGUCCGCGUAUGGCCCCUACGCACCAAGCGAUACGCAGCUCGCUGCUGCCUAUAAAGCACUCGCCAAGUGGGAGAAGAUCGUGAAGGGACCUCCUUUCAAGGUCCGAUAUCCGAAGUGGACACACGACGCGCCGCCGCCCGAGACAUCUCAAUCUUCCAGCACGGCACCCGCGCAGAAGGUACCUACGGGAAAGUACAAAUGCAGCUGUGGAAAGACCUAUAGCGGAAAAGAUGACCUCAAGGCGCAUUUGAGCAAGCAUAAGUCUUAUAAACAGGUCAAAUGA